ACACACUGAACUCUGACAAAAAAUAGAAGUUCCAAUUGUUAUUUUUUUACAGUAAAGUUCUCUGGCUGCUAUCAUGAUGUUUGUCACACCAGAAUGAGCUCAUGGCUUCUGUUGUGUCUCAUGACUGUCAUCAGAUAUAUUAGAAAAUAUCUUGUCAGAGCAUUGCUUAUAUCAUUUAUCCACGUUGGACAAGCUCAAGCAGUGUUUAAACCAGUUCUGACUGUGCAGCCAAACGCACCACAAAUAUUCAGAGGAGAGACUGUUACACUCUCAUGUAUAAUAUCGGGAGGUAGUGGACCAUAUAUCUGGUACAAAGAUGGUUUUCAUGUUUACAGAUCUGCUGAAAGGGACUACACUAUAAAAGUAGAUCAGAGUCACAGAUACAGUUAUUAUGGGUUUAAGAUUGGACAGACAACAGCAAUGAGUGAUAAAGUGACUCUCUCAGUGAUAGAAAAACCUAAACCUGAACUCACAUCAAACCUUAAAGGAGCUGCACUUACAGGAAACUCAGUGGCUCUGUACUGUACACUGAAGCUGCAGUCUGCUGGAUGGAAGUUUUACUGGAUCAAACCCACACAGAGCUCUGAGACUGAGACUGAAACACAACACUACAUCAUCAGUUCAGUUAGAGUCUCUGAUGGAGGUCAGUACAGGUGCAGAGCUGGAAGAGGAAACCCAGUCUACUACACAGACUACAGUGAUGUACUCUGGGUAAAUGUUACUGAGAGUCCUAAAGCUGUGGUGACCAUAAAGCCUGACAAACAUGUGUUCAGAGGAGAGACUGUGACUCUCAGGUGUGAAAUACAGGGAGGAGGAGACACUGAGUGGACAUACAGCUGGUAUAAAGAUGACCAAUUAUACCAAGACCACAAAACCCAGGUGUUCAGCUUCAGCUCAGUUAGAUAUGAACACAGUGGUAAAUACACCUGCAGAGGGAGGAGACGCAGUGACUAUCAGAGCUCAGACAUCAGUGAUGCUGUUACUCUCAAUGUAUCAGAUGUAGCAGAGGCAGUAAUGACUGUGUCUCCACUGAUCUGGCUGACUGAAGGAGAUUCAGUGACUCUAAGCUGUGAGGUUAUACACUCCUCUACAGGCUGGACAUUCAGCUGGUACAAAUAUGUUCUCUACACAGACAGUCAGGGUUCCCUCAGGUCCAGAACAUCACUCCUCUCAGACAGCAGCAGAGGAUCUGGAGGCUCCUACAGCCUCAGUCCUGUUACUCUGAAUCACACAGGAGUUUAUGUGUGCAGAGCUGAAAGAGGAUUCUUUCACACACAGAACAGCAAAACACAGCCACUGUGGAUCACUGGUGAAUCUCCUCCAGGGUCUCUGAUCAUCAGACCGAGCAGAACUCAACACUUUACUGCUGACUCUCUCUCACUGAGCUGUGAGGACCAGAGUAACUCUACUGGAUGGACAGUGAGAGGAUACAGUUACACUGAGACAAUCAUUGAUUGUUCAUCAGUUUCAGGAUCUACAUGUAACAUCACCUUCCUCACUACAUCACACACUGGUGUUUAUUGGUGUCAGUCUGAAUCUGGAGGAUGCAGUAAUCCUGUCAACAUCACAGUGCAUGAUGGUGCUGUGAUCCUGGACAGUCCUGUACAUCCUGUGAAUGAGGGACGUCUUCAGACUUUACGCUGUUUAUUUCGCAACAAAAAGAUCCCAGGCUCUGGUGUUGAUUUCUAUAAAGAUGAUUCCAUUCUUCAUUACCAGACUACAGGACAGAUGACCAUCAGUAGUGUCUCAAAGUCUGAUGAAGGUUUCUACCACUGUAAACACCAAGAGAGAGGAGAGUCACUGAAAAGCUGGGUUUCAGUCAGAGGAUGGUCCCAUGUAGGGUCUUCAAUGUCAGUGCUCAGACUGAUCAGAAGUCUAGUGACAGUUUCUGUGUAUCUGCUGCUGACCAUCAUUCUGGCAGUGAAAUGUUUCAGAGCUCGAGUUCAGACUGAUGAAGACACCCAGAAUGCUGUUAUAGAGGAGUGAACAA